GCAGUCGCGCGCUUGCAUUCUCAGCGGUUGGCGGAUGCUGACUUCAACCAAACGUCGAAUGUCCAAGCAAUUUAUAUCAUUUCACAACAAUUAAAACCAACCACAACAUCAAAUCACCGCAUUAAUCAUUCAUCAAGUGACGCUGAUGAUCAGUCAACCGGUGUAACCUUAAAAAAAUCAGUGAUUAUAUAUUUAACGAGUGAAAAUUCGUUUGUAUAUACACAGAACCGUCAAAUAUUAAUUUGCGUGUGUGUGUCCCUCUGGUGUCAGUGUGAGGGGUGUGUGUGUUAUGCGCUUGCGUGUGUUUUCAAUGUCUCAAGUUGUGUGUGUGUGAAGACCCCCGGGGAAUCAAAAGCGUGAAAACGAGUGAGACAGAUGUAAAAACGUUUGAAUAUUGAAGUGAGAUAUCGGUAUUAUCGCACGUUUCAUCGAGUCAACGCACGUUAAUGUAUAUACAAAUGCCGAGGAGAGUUAUGUGCUGAAGAAUCUUUUAUUCUUACAUUUGUUUUUGUUUUUUGUUGUUCCGCGGACGGGGGGGGCUUUUUUUUUUUGUCAUCGGAGGAAAGUGGCGUGCACGUGUUGUAAAGUGUUUCGGCAUUUCAAUUUGCUGGAUUUGACAGUUUUCUUAUUUUAUUGUCUAUGUUGGUGAGGAGGUGGAAUUACUGGUGGGGGAGGAACUUUGAGGAACGCACAUUUUAUGGUGUUGACAAAUCGUGUCCGGGUAAACCCAUCACCAGUGACAACGACUGAAGGCAAUGUGGCUCAGUGGGGAAACUCGAGGAGGUGAUAAAGACUUCUGACCUUGCAUAGAUCGGAUCCAAGAGCAGGAUCCUCCCAAUAAUUCUCCAAUCACUCACUAACAAACGAAAGACAAAAGUUUCCCUAAUUUCCUCUAACUACAAGAUAAAUACAAUCCACAUAGUAACGCUAGAAAAAAACAACAGCAACAUCAACAACGUUGAAAAAUAACGUACAUUACCUUCUACCUUGAAUCAAUAUACCUCGUACCUACAAGUACCUUCAAACAUCUACCUUCGACAGCGCAAUAGUGCCUGGGUCACCGAAUAUAUUAAAUAUUAUAAAAGCAAGUACAUAAACAUAGAAUUGUUUGUUAUAAAGGAGAAUGGAGAGUUACAACGCCAAUUGCUGCAUCCUUAAUGAUUAAAUAGCGUUUAAAAAUCACAAAUUUCAUAAGCUCACGCACACAUAUAUUCUAUGCUAAAAGAUUAAUUACUCAACACUUAAUCGAAACCAGGACAGACAAGUACCUGCUGACAGAUAUAUUUAUAAAGUUAAUGAUAACCAAUACUUAAACAGUUGGUGAAUUAAUUUCGUUAAUGUAAAGGAUAUAACGUGUAAGUUUAGUGAAUUGUUCAGUGAGUGAGAAGACAAACUGUUGGAAGUCUUUUUUGGACUAGCUCCAAAAAUAUUCACCGAUUUUUUGAUACUUCGGAGCUGGAAUACUCAGGACAUCCACAGCGCCAUAACAAAGGACCCCGUGACCUCCAACGUACAACAUAAUUCCACAUAAUCCCCGUUAAAUUUUCUAAAGAGUCCCACCCCGGAGUGAUCACAAGAGGCUGCAAGAAUAAUCCCAAAGCCCAAAAGCCCAAGACGAAGAGUCGUAAUAAUAAUCUAGUAAAAGAAAAUAAUCUUGAACCGAGUGAACUGCCACAAUCGGUGCCAUAUUCAAUGAAAGUGACAUGAUGACUGAGAGAACCUGUGAGCACAGGUGAAGGGCAUCUAAAAAGGAACCUAUAAGUUGAGAGUUAAAAAUUUUUUGGUGAAAGACGUAAACUGAAAAAUCAUCCCUGCGAUGACAUGUGCAUAGGUAAUCCUCAGGUACUCAGUACCAUCAGGGAGUUGAUAUCAAUGUCAAUAUGCGAGGGGCUGCUAGUGGUUCAGUGUCAUCAGUUACCAUAAAACCAGGCGGUACAACAGUUCAAAAUAAUCUAAGAAUAACGAACAAUAUAAAUUCGGCCGUUGUGCGGUACAAUGAUACUCAACUUGUUCAUAAUCCAAACAAUAGUAUCAACACUGUUGGAAUGGGUACUGGUGAUGUUGCACUGGCACCAACAUCCAGGAUGAGUCCACCAACAAGUAUGGAGACAAGUGAGGGUCCACACACAAUGGUCAGUGGUUUAACAGUGGCACUUGUUAAGGCUGAAACACCAGAGCACAUGGCUGGUACAUCAAUUGGUCCAACAUCAGCGUCAACACUCAGUGGUCCAGUUGGUUCUGGUAAUUCGUUGUUUGCCGGUAUACCUAGCAGUAAUAAACGACCGAGACCCGAUGAUUGGUUGGCACCAACCAGUCCAAACUCACCGCAAACCUUGUCCAGUCAGCAGUUAAUUUAUACAACACCGCAGCAACAACUUGAUAGAACACCACCACCAGUUUCUACAACACAAACACCACCGCUGAAGCAACAAGCCUUGCAGCAACCCAUUACCCUGUCCACCGGGCUCGCCCAGGGACAGCAGACCAGUAAUAAUGGUUAUGUCAGUCCCAUGAGUUCGGGAAGCUAUGAUCCUUAUAGUCCAAACGGAAAAAUUGGAAAGGAUGAUUUAUCCCCACCAAGUUCCCUGAACGGGUACAGUGCAGACAGUUGUGAUGCAAAAAAGAAAAAAGGGCCAACACCUCGACAACAGGAGGAGUUGUGUCUAGUGUGUGGUGAUCGUGCAUCGGGUUAUCACUACAAUGCAUUAACGUGCGAAGGCUGCAAGGGCUUCUUCAGGCGGAGUAUCACGAAGAAUGCCGUUUACCAGUGUAAAUAUGGAAAUAAUUGUGAGAUUGACAUGUAUAUGAGACGAAAAUGUCAAGAGUGCAGAUUAAAGAAGUGUUUGUCGGUGGGAAUGAGGCCCGAGUGCGUUGUACCAGAGUAUCAAUGUGCUGUCAAACGCAAGGAGAAGAAGGCCCAGAAGGUAGGGGACAAGGACAAACCGAACAGUACAACGAUGAACGGCUCACCUGGAAGUAUUAGUGGAAUGGGCACCGAUCAGAUUAAAAUUGAACCCUCGGAGGUAGAUUGUCUGCCAAUGAAUUCUGGCAGUACUGAUUCGUUAACAGGAAUUCAGAAUGGGCUUUCGGUCGUUAAUCCUGAGCAGGCUGGGCUCAUUCAGAGACUCGUUUAUUUCCAGGGACGGUAUGAGAAUCCCAGCCCCGAGGAUCUUGAAAGAAUUACGCAUCGACCAACCGAAGGUGAAGAUCUUAGUGAUGUUAGAUUCAGGCAUAUGGCGGAAAUAACGAUACUGACUGUACAGCUUAUUGUUGAAUUUGCCAAAAAUUUAUCGGGUUUCGAUACAUUGCUGAGGGAGGAUCAAAUAGCCUUGCUUAAGGCAUGCUCCAGUGAGGUAAUGAUGCUGAGAAUGGCAAGAAAGUACGACGCUGCGACAGACAGUAUCCUAUUUGCUGAUAAUCAGCCGUACACGAGAGACAGCUACAGUUUGGCUGGAAUGGGUGAUACAAUCGAGGAUUUGCUGCGUUUUUGCCGGCACAUGUACAAUAUGAAAGUCAACAAUGCUGAGUAUGCAUUAGUUACGGCUAUCGUCAUUUUCUCGGAACGGCCGCAGCUGCUGGAGGGCUGGAAAGUGGAAAAAAUCCAAGAGGUAUAUCUCGAGGCUCUCAAAGCAUACGUGGACAGUCGUCGUAAACACAGAUCAGGAACUGUAUUCGCUAAACUACUCUCCGUAUUGACGGAAUUACGAACACUCGGCAAUCAAAACAGCGAAAUAUGCUUCAGUCUGAAGCUCAAAAACAAGAAGCUACCUCCAUUUCUUGCCGAGAUCUGGGAUGUCAUACCCUAGUUUAUUUUCACUCACAAUAAACAUGCUAAUUGCAGUGUAAUUGCCACUGUGGCAUAUUAUUUGAAUAACGGCGCCCACUGCACAUUCGCUAUUGUCGAAAAAAAGAAACACUUAUUCAAUGGUGAAAUAACGAGAGAUAAAAAAUUUAAUAAAUGGUGUGCGUCAAUUUUUUUUACUAGUGCACCACUGUGCCACUGCCUCAGCGUCGUGAUAAAAUCGUUAUCAUUCUCUUUAUUUUAUUUUUUAUUCCUAAAUUAUUGUUUCAACUUUGUGUGGUACUCUGCGAUAUUGCAUCCAGAUAAAUAAUUUAUUUUCAACAAUCCAAUGCAUAAUUCCACGAUUCUUUCUUAAUUGAAAAUGAAAAGAUUCAGAAAAAAAUAAGCAAAAAAAGUGUUACUGAACAAUUAAGUACCGCGAUUAUUUUUGUGUCAAAUCUCGUUUGAAAAACGAGAGACGUAACAGAAAUAAAGUUCACAGAACAAAUGAAUAAUAAAAAAAGAGGAUAAAAGGCAGUGGUGAAGGCACCCAGGCUGUGAUACGUAGAGACAGUUACAGAGACUAUAUAAGAAACUAUUCUACACUUAUAUAUUACUAAAAAAAGAUUGAGGAAAAAUGAUAAACAUAAUGAUCACUUACCCGGACCCCUCUAAACAAACAAAUCAUAACAUUGAGCAAAAUACUAGGUAAGACGUAACCGUUAAUGUACAGAGAGAGCUCGAAGAUCAGUGUGAGACUGAAAGAAAGAAAUUCUUAAUUACCUGCUAACUAAGGGGACAGCAGAAAAAUAACUUGAACAAACGAUUGAGGAUGCGAGUAAAUUCAAUAAUAAACAGAUAAACAAUAAUGCGCAGAGAAAUGAGAGAUUGCGGAAAGAAUGGGGGUGAGAUACGAAUGCGGAGUAUUAAAUGGAAAAAAAAACUAAUAAUGUAAGGAUUAAGAUAAUUAAUUGAAUAAUACAAAUCUGUGUGCUUUGUAUUGGGCACUGUUGAGCAGUGCCUCUGGCACGUACUUUGAAAUAAAACUGCGAAUUACGAUACAAUAGAGUCUAUAUCACGAUACAUAGCAUAAUAUAUUGCCGGCAUAUACGUUUGUUUGUACGAAGUAAUGGAAAGAGAUAAAAGUAAUGAGAGUUUGUGAAAUGAUUGAGGAUCAUUGCGGGUGGAGAUCGAGUCUUUGAUGGUGGAGAAAUGUGUGAGCAUGAUCGAAAGAUUGUUUCUAGACGUUUAAGGGGAAAUAACCGAGGCUAGAAAUGUAGAUGAAGAGUUAAAGGUCUUUUAGUCAGUCAGCUAGGCUUUAGGUGACCGAGUCAAGUGCAAAGCCCUGUGCCUUCAGCAGCGGACAUCGGCUCACCGAACAAAAUAAUAUGAGAACAUUUUUAAAAGAAAACGAAAUCCAUGAAAUUUAACCGUCCGUUUUAAUUUUUUAAUAAAUAAGGAGAGAAGUAAAAUGGAAAAAAAAUGAAAAAUAAUGUAAUAAAAUGU